CCAAAACAGGUACGCACAUAACUCAGUCAGUCGGUCGAUCGUGCGGUCGUGCUUGUUUUCUUUGUGUUGCCCUGCUGCUGCUGCUGCUGCUAUUAUUCCGCAAGACAGCCUUCAGUUGUACCGAAAAGAGAACCCAUCCUCGCCGGCGGAUAGAAGUUGGGCGUUAAGGGCGUGAUCGUGGAUUGCCUCCCCACAUUCCACCAUGCACUCAAGUGCAAAAAUCCUCUCGAAACAUCGUGUGAAGAACGACGGAAGGGUAGGAAAGUGAGAUGCUUCACCGCGAAGCGACACAAUCCAUCCUUCCAAUCAUAGUGGGCAUUGUACAUCAUUACGGAGAUCCGUCGUCGACGAAUUUGUGCGUGCGCGUGUGUUUGUGUUUCUCGAAGUGCUUUCAUCCGGAUUUUGCGCACCGUGUGUGAGAUCUUCACAGCAUCACCAUCAUCGUCAUCGCCCGGAGAAAGAGCAAAGCGGAUCGGCAGCAGCAACACUUGACGCGCGCGCGUCGCUUACGGAAAUAAACGCUCAUUGUUGGAUCUCGUGGCAGUGUUCUCGCGCCAGUGUGUGUUUCGAUCCGAAAACAACCCGCGCAAAGGGAAAAACGGCCACUCUAAGGGCAGCGCACACAUACAGCGCACGUUUGGGUUAAAAAAGUGCUUCCGUCAGGUUUUGAAGCGAACGCAAGAGUUCGACGAGAGAGUUGCACCACCUCCGAAGGGAAAUAGUAGGCCGUGCCGUGGCGCUUAAGGGUUGCGCAGCAACAGCAAGUGACGUGAAACCAUAACAACACGGCGAAGACGAAGAGUGUGUUUGAGUGUUGCAUUUGCAGAACCGUUUAAAAGCAUCCGCAAAAUGCUGGAAUCGAUGAUCAUGAACCGAAUCUUUCGGUACUUCAUGAAGUUCCACGGGUACUUCAUCGCGUUCUGCACGAUCUUCUUCACCUCCGUCAUCAUCGUGAGCUCGUUUAUGGGCCGGGACGUACACGACGAACCACUGUUCGUCGAGGAAGAAUUCGAGCCGGUGCUAAAGUUUCCCGUACUGAUACAGCUCGAAUCGGUCCUCUGGUUGACGGCAUCGGUGAUGCUGGUGGCCGGACUGUACAAGGAAAGCAAGAAUUACAUCACCCCGUUCCUGGCCCUCUUCAUUGCGGACGGUGUGGUCGUGAUCGUGCAGGAGACGGUUAACCUCUGCACGGGACGAAUGUCCGAGUUGGCCACGAUCGAUACGCGCCAGCUAGUUGUGAUGAUAUUGGCAAACGUGUACGUACUGGUCAGUUUGAUCGUGCUCUAUCGGAUGUUUGGCAAGGAACCGCUGCCAACCACCCACAACAACUUCGUACGCUUCGACAACGAGCAGGACGUGGAGACGGGCGCUGGAACUGGGCCGGCAACGGUAGUUCCCACAGCACCGCCACCAGCAACCCUAACCAAUGUCAACGGUUCGUUGAACUCGUCCGGUUUCGCGAGUAACGGUGUCACAGCUCAGCACGCGACCUAGAGGGGGGGUGUGGAUGACUGGAUGACUCAUACGCACGCACAGACACACCCGAGAAAGCUAACCGUGCCCCGUGCGAACAUUAAAAUGCUAGUGAAAGUGAUGUACAUACUCGUUUUGUAAGUGUCGGUACGGAAUGUUUGUCGCGCAUACUCGUCGACAUGGUGAUCAAUUAUUCGCGAGCUGAAGGAGCCUGGAGCUGACGGAAGGAUGGAAUUGUUUCUGGUGGAAGGCUUUCUCAGGGAGGCGGUGUGACGACGAGCUGGGCCAGGAUGCCGCAAAUUCCACGCAGUCUGCAGUUGUAUAAAUAUCAACCGAUCGAAACCGAUGCAGCUGGUGCUUGAGGGUGCCGUAAUGUCCCUUCCCGAAAACAAACACGAACGAGCGCUGAUCGAUCCGAACAGUUUGCAGUCAAAUGAACAUCAUCAUCAUCAUGAGCGCGCUAAAGGGAAACUGAUCCACUGAUCAACGCACGUAUGUGCUACCUACCGACCGGAGUGCAGAAACACACUCACGUGCUUUACCACAAUUGGCCAAUUAGGGCAACGACUGCACGAGAAAUCCAGGGCUCGCUGCGUUUAUAUAGCGCUGUGCGUGUUCAACGUGAUCAUGCUGUCAACGUUCGCGUGUAAUAUAAUCAGCCCUGGGAAACGAUCCUCAACAGCGAGAGGAUCUCGAAAGGGUUGUGCGUGUUUUGUUGAUUGAGGACAUUAAACAGACUACCGAGUCGGAGCGCGUAAGACUCAUCUCAUGUGACAGAUGGCGUACCAUGCUCAGCGCUCUACGAAGGGAUCUAGCUUACAAAUCUGUCUAUCAAUGAACCGGCCACCGUUGUUUUAGCGAUGUAUUUAUGUUAUGUGUGUUACUAUUUUAUUUAGCAUCUAGUUUAGGGCUAGCGAUUACGUGUGUCGUUAUCAUCGUACCGUUAUUAGAGUAACAGUGACGUUACGUGAAGAAAAGGGUUUUUAGAUUAGGUGCACGAAACACAAACUGUGCAGAGAGCAGAACAGUAGAAGCUGUUUAACGCAUUGUAUGAUACAGGGUAGAAGUAGCAUGAUAUAAUCACAUUCCCUCUGUGGCCAGUACUACUAGUAGCGAAGAGUAGUAGUUUGGCUGAGAGUCGGUCUCUGAUUAGCCUCUCAAAAGCCUUCAACGGGUCGUUGAAAUUGGAGACCGAAAAUUUAGUACGCUAAAGGUCAUGAACAUAAAGUGCACCCGAAGCCAAAUACUACAAUAGAUAAAUAAACGUUGAAAGAGACGCACAAGAAGCGGUGCAGGAAACACAGGCGCGCUAGUUAAACAGACUACAGGACUGUUUGUUGAUACUAACAGGGUACCAACAGAAGAACGGAGCGCAAGAGAAGCAACAAAAUAUAGAACAUACAAUCGGAGAAGUGAAAAACCAAACGCUA